ACGCCAUGGCGAAUCGAGCUGCCGGGAAAGGUUACGAGAACAAGAAUUUUUAUGAGAACAUCCAAUUUCUGUUUUUGCCAAUCGAGAACAUACACGUUGUUCGGAAUAGUUUAUCCAAGCUGAAUGACGCAUGUGAGCUGAAGAACCCGAGUAUGAGCAGCUUUCUAUCCGGCCUGGAGAGCAGUGCGUGGCUGAAACACAUAAAAGCUAUUCUGGAAACUUCUCAUUUUGUCGCGCAAGCCCUGGCUUCGGAGGGUGUGUCCGUGCUCGUGCACUGUUCAGACGGAUGGGAUCGAACGGCCCAAGUGUGCUCUGUUGCCCAGCUGCUAAUUGACCCCCAUUACCGCACCAUCCAAGGAUUCCAG